AUGUGGACGGUACGCCUCGGUUGGCCGGUCAUUGUGGCGACACAUGGCAUGAGUCUCGAAUCCCCACAUCAGAAACCGGUACCCGGACGGACCGCCGAUCACGGCCCGACAAGCCAUGGUACUCUGCCACAGGGCCCUGAGGAGAAAGGGGUCAGGCUAUCGAGUCUGGAAUACAGGCUGGAGCUGGCCAGACACGGUGGACCGUUUGAUGCAAGGUGGUCUGGAAAUGAAUGCGUGCAGCAAUUGGCGAUCGACUGGGUCCAGGCCGAGGACCCACCAACGGCCACUCAGCGCGCUCGACCUGACUGGCUGGGCCCCGCCCAUCCCGGCAUCGACUGGGGCCACUUCCAUCCGCAUCUUUGA